AGUCGGCUGAUCGACAGGGGUCGGUGGAAUCCGGGCCUUCGACCACUUCGACCGCCGCUAGCCCAGCGAUACUACUCCAGGGAUCUUCGGUGGCGAGUUCCAUCCAACCGGCGUCGGUAGAGUCCACUGUAACAGCGGAGGUCAGGCCCAAUCAGCCGCUGGCACCGUCCUCCUCAGCAGCGGCUGAGCCGAGGCCAACCCAGUUGACGAUGCCACUAUCCAAUCCGACUGACCCUCGGCCGAGGCAGGUGGACGAUGGGCCGAGCACCUCAAAAGAUACUGCCAGGCUGGUGCAUAGACGGAGAAUCCUUAUUUUUGGUCACAGCUAUGUCCAUUGGGCCGAGAGAUACGCCCGAAACACUCCCUUUGGCCAGCAUCUGGGUUUUGCUUCCACCGCAUCGGUCGAGUGGAAGGGUGUUCGGGGCCUUCAUUGGGAUGGCCUGAUCCCCUUGUUGUUCCAGGACAGGAGCGGGCCCCCUCCCGAUGUCCUAGUGCUCCAUUUGGGAGGUAACGACCUAGGCCUACUGAAUGGUAGGGCCUUGUAUUUGCAAGCCCGCGCCGACAUCCUUAGGAUUUGGCAAGCAUGGCCUCGGGUUCACAUUGCUUGGUCGGCCGUCAUUCCACGCCUUCGGUGGCCAGGAGGCGGUGACGUCAAGAAACUCGAGAAGGCCAGAAAGCGUGUGAACAGGGCCAUGCGCACAGCAUUGGCGCGAGGCAGAGGAUCUUAUAUCCUGCACAGGGACAUUACUCACGACAAAACACAAUUGUACCGUUCUGAUGGUAUACACUUAUCGGAUUUGGGCAACCACCAAUUUUUGGCCGAUCUGCAUUUAGGGAUUAAGGAGGUCUUAAGGGGCUUGGUGGGGGAUGGGGGCGAAAUAGACAUUUGCCCCCAAUCCGUGGCAUAAAUAGCUCAGGAUAACACGAACACUGAGGUAUACGCAAGGCACCCCUUAAGGGUGGGGGGUCAUUGCACAGCAAACACUCACCUAAAGGUCAGCAAAUGGGUGAGGGGACAUCAAUUGGAACAGAAAUAAGAGAGGCUGAUAUCAAUAAUUUGGGACAGGCCUCUCCGGACUUUUACAUUCAAGUUGCCCGGUUGGGGAUCCAGGGCACGCAGACAUUACACAUUAAAUAGCCGAGGACGUUGCCUCGGUUAGCCACCAAGUUCCUAGACACAUAGUUUAGUUCAGGUAAAGUUAAAUAGGUAACAGUUAAUAAAGUUGCCCAAAAAUUUGAACCCAUA